GUUUUGCCUGGGUUUUCUUCUCUGGAGUUUUAGCAUGCAGACUCCGAGCUGCAGUCCGGCUAACGUGUGUGAAACGAGGAGCAGAGGCUGAAACCACGAAGAGGUUUUAGUUUCUAAACUGUUUGAAGAUGUUUUCAUCUGUCUGGAAUUUUAUCAAACGACACAAGAAGAAGUUUAUUUUCACCGGAGCUGUGGUGGGAGGAGUUUACCUGCUCGGUAAAUAUGCCCAGAAGAAGAUCAGGGAGGUCCAGGAGAAGGAGGCGAGCGAGUACAUAGCCCAGGCCAGGAGGCAGUUCCACUUCGAGAGCAACCAGAGAACCUGCAACAUGACGGUUCUGUCGAUGCUUCCUCCGCUCAGAGAGGCCAUCGUCACUCAGCUCAACUCCGAGAGUCUGACGGCGAUGCUGAAAGCAAAACCAGCCAACAAGCUGGAGAUCUGGGAAGACUUAAAGAUCAUCAGCUUCACCCGGACCGUCGUGGCCGUCUACAGCACCUGCAUGCUGGUGGUUCUGCUCAGGGUGCAGCUCAACAUCAUCGGGGGAUACCUGUACCUGGACAACUCUGUGGGGAAGAGCGCCGCGAGUCCUCUGACGCCUCCGGACGUCCAGCAGCAGUACCUGUCCAGCAUCCAGCAUCUCCUAGGAGACGGUCUGUCAGAGCUGAUCUCCAGGGUGAAGACGGCGGUGCAGAGCUCUCUGGGCAGGGUGUCUCUGAAGCAGAGUCUGUCCCUGCUGGAGCUGGAGCAGCAGCUGAUCUGGAUCCGAGCCGAGGUGGACUCUGGACGUCCGCUGUCCUCCUACAUGCUGGCGGACGAUGAGGACGUCCUCGCCGACCAGGCGUGCGGCUUAACGGAGAAGGACCUGGUGACCAUCAGACUGCUGAACGAGACCAGAGACAUGCUGGACAGUCCAGAUCUCAGCAAAGUUCUCAGCGCCUGUCUGAACCGCGGCUUCUCUCGUCUCCUUGACAACCUGGCCGAGUUCUUCCGGCUUCCUGUCAGUGACUCCGCCCCCAACUGCGCCCCCUACAGCCUGUCGGCCGUCAGCCUGCCGCUGGCCAAGAUCAUCCCCAUCGUCAACGGUCAGAUCAACUCCGUCUGCAGUGAGACUCCCAGCCACUUCGUUCAGGACCUGCUGCUGAACCACCAGGUGAAGGAGUUCGCCGCCAUCGUGUACGAGACGUUCAGCACGCCGCCGGAGCUGCACAAGUGAUCUGUGAGGAAGAGGAGGAAACGGGUCGGGAUGAAGACGCCGGCCGGUCCCUCCUCCGCCCGACGCCUCUGCAGCGUCCAGCCGGACAUUCCUGUCCUGGCUGCUGGAGGACACUGAGGCUGCUGGGAGCAGUGCAUCCUGGGAAGCGGAGUCUUUUAGCCGCUGCAGCGUUCACGGCUGAUGAAGCUCCGGACUCUUCCGGGUGGUUUUCUGGGUCUUAGUGCAUCGUUAUGGAUCCAGAUGUUGCUGCUGAAAGUUUUAGACCUUCUGAAGAUUAAGACGGAUUUAAUGAGACGUUUAAAUUAAACAUGGAAACUACAUUUCA